GAUGUUUCCCGCAAUGAGAGUGAAGAUCUCAGGUUUAGACCCACAUCAGCAGUAUUAUAUUGCUAUGGAUAUUGUGCCAGUGGAUAACAAAAGAUACAGGUACGUUUAUCAUAGCUCCAAGUGGAUGGUGGCUGGUAAUGCUGACUCCCCGGUACCACCCCGUGUUUAUAUUCACCCCGAUUCACCCGCCUCUGGGGAGACGUGGAUGAGACAAGUGAUCAGCUUUGACAAACUGAAGCUUACCAAUAACGAGCUGGACGAUCAAGGGCAUAUUAUCCUUCACUCCAUGCAUAAAUAUCAGCCUCGUGUCCACGUCAUCCGAAAAGACUGUGGAGAUGAUCUGUCCCCCAUCAAGCCUAUCCCUUCAGGAGAAGGGGUGAAAGCCUUCUCCUUUCCAGAGACAGUUUUCACUACUGUCACAGCAUACCAAAAUCAACAGAUAACUCGUCUGAAGAUUGAUCGGAAUCCAUUUGCCAAAGGGUUUAGGGAUUCGGGACGUAACAGAAUGGGACUGGAAGCUCUGGUAGAGUCUUAUGCCUUCUGGAGACCGUCACUGAGGACACUUACAUUUGAAGAUAUACCUGGGAUACCCAAACAAGGAAAUGCAGGUUCCUCUACUUUACUCCAGGGAUCUGGCAGUGGAGUGCCAUCUACCCACCCUCACCUUUUACCGGGUUCCCCUUGCUCAUCUCCAGCCUUCCACCUCAGUCCCAACACUAGCCAGCUCUGUAGCCUUGCUCCAGCUGACUACACAGCUUGUGCGCGCUCAGGCUUGACCCUGAACAGAUACAGCACUUCCUUGGCUGAAACCUACAACAGGCUCACAAACCAAACCAGUGAGACGUUUGCACCCCCGAGGACUCCCUCCUAUGUCGGUGUGUCGAGUAGCACAACUGUGAAUAUGUCUAUGAGUGGCAAUGAUGGGGAUGCGUUCAGCUGCCCACAGACUGGCCUAUCUAUGCAAAUUUCAGGGAUGUCUCCACAGCUCCAGUACAUCAUGCCAUCCCCAUCCAGCAAUGCCUUUACCACUAAUCAAACCCACCAAGGCUCCUACAACACGUUUAGACUGCACAGUCCCUGUGCGCUCUAUGGAUAUAACUUUUCCACAUCCCCUAAACUGGCUGCCAGUCCUGAGAAAAUCGUUUCUUCCCAAGGAAGUUUCUUGGGGUCCUCGCCAAGUGGAACCAUGACGGAUCGGCAGAUGUUGCCCCCUGUGGAAGGAGUGCACUUACUUAGCAGUGGGGGGCAGCAGAAUUUCUUUGACUCUAGGACCCUAGGAAGCUUAACACUCUCGUCUUCUCAAGUGUCUGCACAUAUGGUUUGAUGAAGCCUUUAAGUAAAAGUACAGUAUGUUUGGUGUCUACAAUGUAUUUCUUUUGGAAUAUGCAAGGACACUCGAUGUAGCUUGUAAAGUGUGUGUAUAUA